AGAAAUAUUUUUGACCACCUCAUGAAUCCAAGAAUAUCAGUGUUAGAAAAAUCCCACCAACUGCCUAUUUUGGGAAAAACAUUGAUUGCAGAUCACACCUGAUUUUUGCAUGAGUCCAUCCACCCCUUGAAAACCCAUGCAAAUGUUUGGACUGUGGCAAAAGCUUUACUCAGAACAGCACUCCCAUUAUUCAUGGAAGGACCGAUGCAGGAGGAGCAGCUCUACCAGUGCUCCCAGUGUGGCAAAAGAUUUAGCAAGCAAACCAAUCUGGUGAGACACAAGAGAACUCACACUAGGGAGAAACGCUUUGAAUGUCCCGUUUGUGGGAAAAGUUUCAGUCAGAAUUCCAACCUGGUAAAGCACCAGUGGACUCACACGGGUGAUAAACCAUAUCAAUGUUUGGAUUGUGGGAAAUGUUUCAGUCAGAAUUGCCAUCUCGACAUACACAGGAGAACUCACACGGGAGAUAAACCAUAUCAGUGUUUGGAUUGUGGGAAAAGUUUCAGUCAAAAUUCCUACCUGGUGGGACACCAGAGGAUACACACAGGAGAAAACCCAUAUGAAUGUCCUGAUUGUGGGAAAAAAUUCUUUCGAAAUUCCAGCCUGGUUAGACAUCAGAGGACUCACACAGGAGAGAAACCAUAUAAGUGUCCAGAUUGUGGGAAAAGUUUCAUUCGGAAUUCCUGCCUGGUAAAGCACCAGGGGACUCACACGGGAGAGAAACCAUAUGAAUGUCUGUAUUGUGGGAAAAGUUUCAGGCUUAAUUCCUGCCUGGUUAGACACCAGAAAACUCACACAGGAGAGAAACCAUAUGAGUGUCUGCAUUGUGGAAAAAGAUUCAGUGAGAAUUCCAAUCUGGUCUUACAUGAGAGAACUCACACAGGAGAAAAACCAUUCAAGUGUCUGGAUUGUGGGAAACGUUUCAGUCAGAAUUCCUACCUGGUGGGACACCAGAGGAUACACACAGGAGAAAACCCAUAUAAAUGUCCUGAUUGUGGGAAAAUUUUCAUUCGAAAUUCUCACCUGGUUAAUCAUCAGAGGACUCACACAGGAGAGAAACCAUAUAAGUGUCCAGAUUGUGGGAAAAGUUUCAUUCGGAAUGCCAACCUGGUUACACAUCAGAGGACUCACACAGGAGAGAAACCAUUUGAGUGUCCAGAUUGUGGGAAAAGUUUCCGUCAGAGUUCCCACCUGGUUAAUCAUCAGAGGACUCACAAAGGAGAGAAACCGUAUGAGUGCCCAGAGUGUGGAAGAGGUUUCACUUGUAAUUCCUACCUGUUUAGACAUCAGAGGACUCACACAGGAGAGAAACCAUAUGAAUGCCCAGAUUGUGGAAAGGGUUUCUCUCAGAAAUAUAACAUGGUGAAACAUCAGUCUACUCACAUAGAAGAGAAAUCAUAUAAAUGUCAUGAUUGUGGGAAAUGUUUCAGUCAGAAUUCCUACCUGGUAAUACACCAGAGGAAUCACACGGGAGAGAAACCGCAUGAGUGUAUAGAUUGUGGGAAAAAUUUCAGAUGGAAUGCUGAGCUGGUGAUACACCAGAGGACUCACACAGGAGAGAAGCCGUAUGAGUGUCCGGAUUGUGGGAAAGAUCUCAGUAGUAGGUCUAGCCUUAUAAAUCAUGUAAGUUUACACACAGGAGAGAAACCAUUC